AUGAGAUCCGUCAGCUCCUCCCGCAUCGCCCUUUCCUCGGCUCCUUUGCAGCGCCUCGGCCUCCGCACGGUGAGCACGCACUCUGCUCAGCUGAUUGACAUGAGCAAGACCAGGCCCCUCGCUGGUGGGGACGUCAUCUCCGCCAAGCAGUUCGACAAGUCGAGCAUUGAAUACGUGUUCAAGGUUGCCGCUGGCCUGAAGAAGGAGGUUGAGCGCAACGGUGGCGUCGAUCUGCUGAAGCACAGGGUGCUGGCCAACGUGUUCAUGGAGCCUUCGACGAGGACUGCCUCCUCCUUCCACGCUGCCAUGCUGCGCUUGGGCGGAGCUGUCGUUCCCAUCAACGAGCUUACCUCCUCCGCCCAGAAGGGUGAGACGCUGGAGGACACCGUGCGCACCAUGGAGAACUACGCUGACGUGCUCGUUCUGCGCCACCCGAAGGUGGGUUCGGCGGCCACCGCUGCUCACUACGCCCGCAUUCCGGUCAUCAACGCUGGUGAUGGUCAGGGCGAGCACCCCACCCAGGCUCUGCUGGACUUGUUCCUAAUUCACCAGGAGAGGGGAUCCAUCGACGGAGCCAGCAUCACGCUUCUCGGUGAUCUCAAAUACGGAAGGACCGUUCACUCCCUGUCCGUGAUGCUCGCACUCUUCCCCGGCAUCAAGAUCAACCUCGUGUCGCCGCCCAACCUGGCGAUGCCCGCCGAAGUCGUCGCCGAGGUGAAGGCCAAGGGCAUCACCGUCACUGAGACGGCUGAUCUCGACGCCGUCCUCAGCACCACGGACGUCCUCUACCAGACCCGUGUGCAGAAGGAGCGUUUCGCUUCCCUCGAGGAGUAUGAGAAGUCCAAGGGCGCCUACAUCAUCACUCCCGCUACGCUCUCCCCCGCCAAGAAGAGCCUGUUGCUGCUUCAUCCGUUCCCCCGCGUCGAUGAGAUCACCCCCGACGUCGACCAGGACCCCAGGGCGAUGUACUUCAAGCAGCCUCAGUACGGCAUGUACAUGCGGAUGGCGCUCCUCGCCUCCGUUCUCGGCAAGGAGGGUCCCGUGCUCUAA